UCACCAUCAUCGAGAAGUGGGUGAAACCGAGCGUGGCUUUGUAUAUAUAUAUAUCUAUCAUCAGCAGGAGGUCUUUCAAGGGACUGAACCAAUAGAAACGGCCAGUUGAAUACGUCCACUCACUGACGACAGAAGCCUCGUUGUCUUUCUCUGUCUUACCGGGCUGACUGACUAUCACCGACUGAUAUAGACAGAAAACUUCCGACAUCCCCAUGUGUCUAGUAGUAUUGCCAACUACUACAGCUGUAGACAGCUAGUGUGUGUGUAUAUAUGUGUGUUUGUGUGUGUAUUAUUACUUAGUGUGCUGGCACAGCUAGCUCGGCAUUAACUUCACUUCUUUUUGGACUCACACACGUUUACACAUUAUCGCCUUGCUACCUCUUAUUUACUUGGAUUUCUUCAGCAUCAAUGACAUCCUUCAGAUACACGUGGAAAAAGAAAUGUUUUACACCACAGCACUGUGACCAUUUCAGCGGAACAUUAAUUCUUUCUGUGGAAUAACUAUUGGAUUUAUUAUUAUUAUUAUUAUCAUUAUUAUUUAAUUUUGGUUAAGGGGUGCAUUGUCUCUGGGACCGAGCACUACAUUACUGAACACCCACGAGGAUUGUUAUGGGUUUACCUUUUCUCUGAUAACGUCUUCUUUCACCAGCGUUUUAAAGGUACUGUCCCCUUAUUUGUGUUUGUGAUUAUUUACAUGUAUACAUACAUGCAUACAUACACACAUGUAUAUCUACAUAAUGUUUUCUUAAAACUUUAAAUGAAAGAUGUGUGUGCUACACAAUUUGAUUAGGGUCCCUUGUAAUAAGGAACAUGUCAGGUGUACGUUAGUUACCUGCACGCAUUAAAGCAAAACAGACAUGCCUGUCUUGUCCGCUUUAUUAUACAAUUUAUUGAGGUAGGAGUUAAUAUGGCCAUCUCACUUGGCCUAAAGACAUCUAGGGACUUAUGUCCGACUAAAACUUUAUACCGUGUAAUUAUUGUCGCCUUCAUCCAGUUUCUAGUCGCUUUUGCCCAAGGCCAGGGGCCUGGUUCUUUUAGUCAUCCAACACCGGGUGAGCCUUACCAUUUUUACAUAGAUGAAAAUGUACCCGUGGGUACGCGUGUUGGUAAUAUUACCGUUGAGGCAGGUUCUACGGUUUAUAUCAGUAGUCGAACUUCCCUGCCAGAUCAUGUUAAUUUUGCCCUGGAUGAAUAUACCGGAGUUGUUGUCACUGCCAAACCUUUAGACCGGGAAAGUCUUAAGCACUCGAACAAACCCGUUAUAAUCGUGGUUCUCACACAACCACCGUCACAUUCAAUUGAAAUGAAAAUAACUGUCCGAGACAAAAACGACAACCCACCAACUUUCCCUAAAGAUAGUUAUGCCAUUCGUUUUGCCGAAGAAUCCGAUGACAACAACAAACUCAUGGUACCAUUAGCUUCCGAUAAAGACGAAGGGAAAAAUAGUUUAAUUACUAAUUAUACAAUAAUUUCGGGUAAUGAAGAAGGAAAAUUUGCUCUUAUUCAGGAACCUCCCUACCCACAAAUUCCUCGGAUAUUGUACAUACAAAAUACUGUAAAACUUAAUCGGGAAGAAAAAGAAUAUUAUCAGUUGAACAUUUCUGCUAUUGAUCACGGGAAUCCCCCUAUGGUUGGGUUUCUUUUAGUGAAUAUUACAGUGGCAGACAUCAAUGAUAACUACCCUACAUUCCAUAUGAGUGUGUAUGCUGCUAAUGUGAACGAAACUGCCCCACCCGGUACAACAGUUAUUCAAGUAGAGGCGUCGGACCUUGACCAGGGUAACAACAAAGCUAUAACUUACUCUAUUGAAAAUAAUAAGGACUCCGGACAGUUUGAAAUCGACCGUUAUACAGGUGUAGUGACCACAACAAGAAAAUUAAACUGUCAGCAAAACACAGGAGAGAAAAUGUGUUUUUUAAUACUGCUAGCUACUGAUAAUGGCCCAGAGCACUUAACUGGGAGGGCCUAUUUAAAUGUACACAUCAUAGAUCAAAAUGACCAUGCUCCCGUCAUCGAAUUUCAGCACCAGCCGGAUUCAUCGAAGGAUUAUUCUGCAGUUAACGAAAAUGCAAUAAAUGGCACCUACGUGACUAUAAUUACUGUAAACGAUUUGGAUGAUGGUAUGAAUGGUAAUGUGUCUUUGUCAAUUAUUGAUGGGAAUCAACUUGGUCACUUCAGACUUAUUCGCGGUUACAAGGUCAGUGUUUUGGUAGUUGUUUUGAGUCUUGACCGGGAGAAAGUACAUGUCUAUAACCUGACUUUGCUGGCUGUGGACAUGGGCGACCCUCCUUUAAGUUCUACUGCUCACCUUGUGAUUUAUGUUAACGAUAUUAACGAUCAUCCGCCUAAAUUCGAUCCGUCCAAAUAUUUUGCUGUCCUCAGUGAAACGAUACCGGUGGGUAGUUUUGUUACUGCUGUAACGGCCAAAGAUUCCGAUUGUGGCUUGAACUCUCAGAUAACUUACAAAAUUAAUGGUGGCAACAAAUUUAAUUGGUUUAGUAUUAAUAACAGAACGGGUCUUCUCGUGACAGUGGCACCGUUAGACUAUGAAGUAAGUUCAGUUGUCAUUUUAAAUAUUUCAGCUCAAGAUGGGGGAUUUAAGCCCUAUAAAGAGUAUACCACUGUUAACAUUACUUUACUGGAUAUUAAUGAUAUGCCACCGACUUUUAGCAAGACAUCUUAUACUGUUGAGAUGGAAGAACAACUUCCUGCUGGUGAAGAAAUUCUUACUCUUCGAGCUGAAGACAGAGAUAUGGGAUUAAAUGGAACUUUAAGAUAUGCUUUGCACUCAGAUGUUAUAGAGUUGUAUCCGAAAACAUUCCACCUGAAUUCAACAUCCGGGCGUUUGACAACAAUCAAAAGUCUUGACCGUGAAGAAAACGAACUUUAUCUGAUAAAAGUUGUCGCGUUUGAUAUUGGCGAGGCACCUCUGUCGUCGACUUGUACCGUUUCCCUCAAACUGUUAGAUAUAAAUGACAAUAGGCCAGCAUUUUAUCCCGAAAAAUAUUAUCCCAAACUUCCAGCGAAGCAUUCCGAAAAUAACACUGUGAUAAAAGUAACAGCUAUAGAUAAAGAUUCUGGCACAAAUGGGAAAGUGACCUACCAACUGACCGGUGGCGAUGUGGCUAAUUUUUACAUUGACCAGUACAGUGGAGUAAUAUUUGUGAAAGGACGUUUGGACUCAAGUGUUCAAACGCACUACAAAUUGACUGUUUCCGCACAAGAUGGGAAUGGUAAAACAGCCUCAAAUACUGCUACUGUUUUGAUUACUAUUCCCACUUCUGGUGACGAAAUACCUUUCUUUUUAAGUACACCUUAUGUAUUCAGCGUCACCGAAGAUAACGAUACUAAGGUGAACACCGGGCAAAUUAUAGGUUAUGUAAUAGCCAAAACUAAUGAAAAAUCCCCAAAUAUAACUCUUUCCAUUAUUGGUGGAGAUCCAGAAAGCCAUUUUACGAUCGACUCUCUUGGAAACCUUAGAACAGCCAAGAAAAUCGACCGGGAACAUAUUGCUUCGUACAAUAUUCGUGUUUUAGCUGCAAGUAAUGGCAAUUAUGCUGAAGUUGGGGUAAAAAUCACUGUGAUUGACAGAAAUGACAACAAACCUAAAUUUGGGACAGCGACCGUUGAUGUUAACGUUUUUGAGAACUGGUCAGUUGGCAAAGAAGUUUAUCAAGUGUUGGCAACGGAUUUAGAUGAAGGAAUUAAUGCUAAUAUUUCAUAUACUCUACGUACAAGUUUUAUUCAUUCGUUUAUGAUUAGAGAUUCUGGCAUGAUCUAUAUUAAUCGCCCUCUUGAUAAAUCUACUUCAAAAAUCUACGAACUAACCGUAGUUGCAGUGGACGCUGGCAAUCCACAAAUGUCCUCUUCGCAAAUUGUGAGAAUUCACGUAAAAGACGUCAACGAUCAUACGCCAGUAUUUUCAAGUGCUCAAAAUUCGAUAUCUUUACUGGAAUCGCAGCCAAUUAAUGACCGUUUCUUUUUGAUCUCGGCUACCGAUGCUGACGAAGGUAGAAACAAGGAGAUUAUUUACAGAAUUUCCCGAGGGAGUGAAGACGGGAAGUUUGCAAUAUUCCCAGAUGGACACUUGUAUAUAGCAGAAGAGCUGGACCGUGAGACAAAAGACUUUUAUCACCUUACUAUUGUCGCUGAAGACUGUGGCGUCCCACCUAGAAGCUCGUCUGCUAAUAUAACAAUUCAGAUCCUUGAUGCUAAUGAUAAAGCGCCAGUUUUCGGCAAUAAAUCUUAUUCCAUGUCAAUUGAGGAAAACAAAGUUCCUAAUACAUAUGUAGGGUCUGUCCAUGCCACUGAUGCCGAUAUUGGUCGCAAUGCAGAACUAGCUUAUUACAUAAGCACGAAACAAGAUAACUUCGCUGUCAACGUUUUAAAUGGACGAAUAACAUCACUAAAAGCAUUUGACCGUGAACAACUGGUUCUCACUGGAAAAGACUAUUACACAUUUGAAGUUAUUGUAAAAGAUAAUGGUAUGAAACGAUUACAGGGUAGUGCCAAAGUAAAGGUUACUAUCACAGAUGUCAAUGAUAAUGCCCCCGAAUUUAAGAAACCUCUUUAUCGUGCCUCUGUUGUUGAAAAUGCCCGCCCUCAAACUUUGAUAACCCAAGUUAGUGCUAUAGAUGUUGAUUUAAACGAAAAUCAGUUUCUCACUUACGCCAUUACCGAAGGGAACCAAAAUGACACCUUUUCUAUUAACAGUAGAAGCGGUCAGAUACAAUUGGAUUCCACGUUAGACCGAGAAACCAUUGACUCGUACCUGUUGAAAGUGGUGGCUUACGAUGCCGGUACCAAAGUGCAACUUAGUUCGUACACCGAAGUGCAUAUAACAAUUCACGAUUACAACGAUAACUUUCCAACUUUUCGUUCGUCACCUAUGUCAAUAGAAUUGAUGGAGACUGUUAUUCCAGGUACUCGUAUUUCACAGUUUCAGGCAACUGACGAAGAUCUUGGCAAUAAUGCUCUCUUGACAUUUUCGAUAGUCGAUGGUAAUCCCAAUAACACAUUCCACGUUGAUGGCAAAACUGGUAACAUCUAUGUUAUGGAACCUUUAGAUUACGAAGUUCAGAAAGUAUAUCACCUUAACAUUUCUGUCUCUGACUUUGGAGUGCCGCCAUUGAUUACUUACCAACGAUUCACCGUUUAUGUCAUGGACUACAACGACAAUAGCCCAGCGUUUCCAGACACACCAAAUACGUUUUCAAUUGAAGAAAGAAUCAAUGUUGGCACUGUUGUCGGGACAGUCACAGCCAAUGACCCAGAUACAGGAAUUAAUGGAGAAGUUCGCUAUAGAAUAGCCUCUCAGGCACCGCCUGGUGAUCAUUUUCGAAUUGUUAACAGUGGAAAUUUAUUAGUAAACCGGGAAAUAGACUACGAAAAAAUGAAAUAUUCCAAUUUGAUUGUAAUAGCGACAGACAAUGCCCACCCUACUUCUAGACAAAAGUCAUCAGAGAAAACAGUUAAGAUUAUAGUAACUGACCUCAACGAUAAUGUCCCAAGAAUAAUCUCUCCUGAAACUUUUAUUAUUGCACAGAAUACACCUGUUAAUUCUGAAGUCGGUCGAGUGGAGGGUUUGGAUAUUGAUUCAGGUGAGAAUGGUAGAGUUACUUAUAUGAUCAUCUCUGGCAACACUUCCUAUUUCUUGUUGUCUCGGUCUUCUGGGAUCAUAACAUUGAAAUCAAGGUUGCCAGUUGGUCAGCCGAUAUUGCAAUUGACCAUCCAAGCGUCUGACGCUGGAAUAAACGACAAUCUUGGGGCCAAAUCCAUAAUGACUACAAUUUAUUUCAUUAUAACAACCGAUAACCGUAAUGGCCCUACAUUUUCUCAAGCUCGUUAUUUAGCCAGUGUACACGAAAAUGUCCCAAUCGGUAAAACAAUAUUGUCAGUCGAAGCUCAACCAAAAAACAAAGAUGCUACAAUCAAUUACUAUAUAACACGCAUUGAUGCUAACAAAAAAGGUGUUCUACAAUCGCAAUAUUUCUCUGUGGAUAAGAUUUCUGGCCAGCUCACUACAAAGGAUCUUUUAGAUCGUGAUGUGGGAUUUACAAAUAUCAUUGUUGAAAUAUGUGCGGUGGAAAUUUUGGGUUCAUCCGUUGCUGAAAGCAAAACUGAGGUAACAAUUGAGCUAUUGGAUGUCAAUGACAAUCCACCUCAUUUUAACCACAGUGUAUAUGCCUUGGAGCUAAUAGAGAACUUUCCCAUUGAUUUUGAUGUCCUUAAACUUGUUGUUAAAGAUCCAGACACUACUGGGUCUUUCCUGCUAUCUAUCACCUCAGGAAAUGAUGGGACUUUUACCGUUUCCGAUUCUGGAAUCUUGUCAUUACGAAACCAUUUGGAUCGAGAAAGAAUGCCUCGCUACAACCUGCAUUUGUCUGCAUUUGAUGGUGUCCAUUCUGCUACAGCUAUGGUGCAAAUAAACAUACUUGAUAUCAACGAUAAUGUCCCUAAAUUUAACAAGUCCAUUUAUACGUUUGAUCUCUUAGAAGAUCUGCCAAUCAACUCAACUAUAGGCAGCAUACUUGCCCAAGAUCCGGACGAUGGCCCUAACGGAACUGUCUCCUAUCAUUUGUUAACAGACUGGGGAAAGGAUGUUUUUGAUCUUGAUCCAAGAACAGGAACUUUUACACUGAAAUCAAGCCUUGAUUUUGAACAGGUUCAAUUAUACACUCUUCUAGUGAGUGCAAGAGAUCAUGGGCCAGUUCCUAAAAGUUCUGUGGUAACUAUUUACAUGAACAUCAAAGAUGUUAAUGACAAUGGGCCUAUAUUCAGUCCAAGCUCUUAUACCACUGCCAUCUAUGAAAAUGCAACAAUCGGAACCUCUGCAAUUGCUGUUUAUGCCUCAGAUGCUGAUACGGGAAUCAAUAGUAAAUUGAUCUACAAAAUCACAGGUGGGAACCAGGAUGCUCAUUUUAUUAUUGAUCCCCAGACUGGUAUAAUUUUGGUAAACCAUACUUUGGACCGUGAACAAUAUCCAUCUUAUUCUUUGACUAUUACUGCCAUGGAUACAGUAUUUCCUGUUUGGCAGCGCCACUCUGCCCUUGCUCAGGUGACAAUUAUAGUAUCUGAUGUAAAUGACUGCGCCCCAAGAUUUACGUCGCCAACUGAAAUAUGGGUUGAAGAAAACGCUCCAAUUAAUACUAUUGUGUACAACAUUAAAGCAAUAGACGAUGAUGAUGAUGGGCCCAAUCAAGACAUCAGAUACUCCAUCACUGCUUCUACUGGUCCAUUCUCUAUUAGACCAGACGACGGAAGCUUAAGAUUGAUGUCAUCUUUGGACAGAGAGUCUCGAGAUACUUACUAUUUGACUAUCAAAGCAACAGAUGGAGGGACACCGAUGUUAUCGUCCACAAUUGACAUUGUUGUCCAUGUAAAAGACGAAAAUGAUAACAAUCCAGUGUUCUUCCCAAAGCAAUAUCAAGCGAACAUAAGUGAAAGCAAGCCUGUUGGUACGAUUUUAUUGCGGGUCACCGCUACAGAUCUUGACAUAGGCCUCAAUGGUAUGGUCCGGUACUUUAUCAUUGAAGGCGACGAUAACCAAGAUUUCAGUCUCGAUCAGAGCAGUGGCUUGUUGCGAAUACAGAAACAAUUGGAUUACGAACGGAAGAAGUCUUACCACAUUAUCAUUCAAUGUGAAGAUAAUGGGGUCGAAGCCCGUAAUGACACGGCAGCUGUUUAUAUCUCCAUAGUUGACAUUAACGAUAAUGCUCCAGUGUUUGUCGAUUCGCCUUUUCUAGCUUAUGUCCAAGAGAAUAUGGAGAAGUUGCCCGUCCACGUUACCACAUUGUCAGCAAGAGAUGAUGAUUCACAUUUGUACAGCCGGAUAACGUACGCUUUCCGUGAUGGUGACCGAAAUAUUUUUCAUAUUAAUUCAAGCUCAGGAGAAAUAACUGCUAGUCGAAAACUUGAUCGAGAAGUUCAAUCUACCUAUAGACUCACUGUUAUAGCUACCGAUUCAGGGUCUCCUCCAUUGACUGGUACUGGUACUGUGAACAUUGAAGUACAAGAUAUAAAUGAUAACACCCCUGUCUUCCUGCAGCCACACUAUGUGGGUUACAUUGAUGAGAAUCAACAUGGAAACUCUUCUAUUGUGACUGUGAAAGCUUCAGACAAAGACGAAGGAAUUAAUGCCUUGAUCAGAUAUUCUCUGAUAUCCGACUUGGACGGCAAGUUUACUAUUGAUCCUGCAAGGGGAACAAUUAUGGCAACUGCAUCAUUUGAUCGAGAAAAACAAGACCAAUAUAAGUUCUUUGUGGUAGCCGAAGACGCUGGCUACACUCCAAGAACAGCAACAGCUGCAGUGACAGUUAAUGUGCGAGACAGAAACGAUAACAAGCCGAAGUUUAAUCAGAAAUCAUACAACAAAUUUAUUUACCAUCCAACAGUAAAAGGUGAAUUUGUAUUUGGAAUAACAGCUGUUGAUUUUGAUAUUGGUCUUAAUGGAAAGAUAAGCUAUGCUCUUUCUGGACGUGAUGGAAAUAAGUUUAAGAUAAAUUCUACGACAGGUGUUGUUAAGUCAAACCAAAACUUAUAUCUGGGACUUGGUCGGCAAUUCACCAUCUACGUUACAGCAUCAGAUCAGAGCCAAAACCCGUUUUUCUCAAAAGCUAAAGUAAUGAUUCAUCUUCUACAAAAGAAUAAAACCCGUCGACCUCGAUUCACACUUGCCAAAACUGAAUUCAAGCUUGAAGAAAAUUCUUCUUUAAACACCACAGUAACCCGUUUGUCUGGUGUUUCUCCGAAGGCGGUUCCUCUGAAAUACUUCAUUGCAGGUGGAAACAUCAACAAUGCCUUCGGCAUUGAUCCUAAGCGUAAUGACCUCAUCAUUGCCAACCAAUUGGACUUUGAAGAAACCAGUUAUUACAGUUUGUGGAUUGGAACUUCUGAUACUAGCAGCGACCCUCUCACUUCGUAUAAGGAAUUGCGUAUUUUCAUUGCUGACAUUAAUGAUAAUGCACCCUACUUUGAUCAAAUGCAUUAUUACACUUCAUUCGAAGAAACAAAUCAAAUAGGUAAAACAGUCGUAUGUGUGUCUGCAAAGGAUGCUGAUUCUGGUAAAAAUGGUAAGGUUACCUAUAAAAUCACAAAUGGAAAUUCUAAGGAUGCUUUCCAAAUAAAAUCUUCAGGCUGCAUUUCUACAAAGAACCAAAUUGAUCGAGAAAAAAUUGACUUUUACCAGCUUGCCAUCAAAGCUGUUGACCAAAGUGCCUCUAAUAGAAAAACUGGAACUACAACCGUUGAUAUUUCUAUUCUUGAUGUUGAUGAUAACCCACCCCGAUUCACACGUCUGUUUACAGCCAGCAUCCCCGAGAAUGCCGAAAUUGGUUCUUUUAUUUUGCAACUGUCCACUGAAGACCAAGAUGUUGGUGAAAAUGCAGAAGUUACUUAUGCACUUUUAGAAAAUUCUGGUAACAAAUUCUCUUUAGAUCCUCUCAGUGGCAACAUAUCUGUGAGAGCAUCUUUGGAUGUUGAGAAGAAGGAGUAUCACAAAUUGAAAGUGGCAGCUCGAGCCAGCUCUCACGAAACGAGUACUUACGUCACCAUAAAAGUCACGGAUAUCAAUGACAACCAACCUCGGUUCACAAUGCCAAAGUUUAUGUUUGAAAUAUCCGAACUACAAGUUCCUCCGAUACAUGUGGGUAAAGUUGUAGCGAAGGACCACGACAGAACUUCACCAAAUAAUAUAUUUUAUUAUUCGCUAAAAAUGCCAUCGUCAUUGUUUAAUAUCACCGAUAAAACUGGUGAAAUAUUCACAAUUCAACAGCUGCAUUAUGAUAACACCAGUCUUUAUAAUCACCAUGAAUUAACAGUUGUAGCCACUGACCUCGGUGUCCCAUCACGUUCUUCUGAAAGUCUAGUCGUCAUCAAUGUAAUUGACGACAACGAUAAUCCACCACAGUUUGAAAAAACUUACUAUUUCUCUGCUGUUCCAUACAAUUUGACAGUAGGUGAUCCAAUCAUCAAGGUGGUUGCAAGAGAUGACAAAGAUUAUGGAAUGAAUGCUCAGGUGGAAUAUAUUGUUGUGGAAGGCAACGGAACCAACUAUUUCUAUGUGAAGAAAUCGGAUGGGUCUGUGCAUCUUUCUGCUAGCCUCAGUCAAAGUAUGGAUAAAGAGUUUCAGCUAAAAGUGCAGGCAGUUGAUAAAGGACGUCCACCACAGUCGUCAGACAUAGCAACCAUACACUUGAAAGUAACAGACAUCAACAAAUACCCUCCUUUAUUCUUGAGAAUUGUUUUUGAGAAACAAAUUCCAGAGAACUUUACAGUAAAUGGCAUUUUUGAUACAGUUCAAGCUAUAGAUCAUGAUCACGGACCAAACCAAGAAGUCAGUUAUUAUAUAACCGGUGGUGACCCUCAGAAUUUGUUUGCAAUUAAUGAAAAAUAUGGAAACCUAUCAGUGAAUAAACCUCUCGAUUAUGAUACAUCAUCUGUACAUCGACUGAAUAUUACUGCAAGAGACCACGGCUUAUAUUACAAAGAAACUUCCAUCAUAUUUACCAUCUUUGUCACAGAUGUUAAUGAUAACCCUCCACUCUUCGAUAAAGAUGUUUAUGAUGUUUAUAUCCGGGAAAAUUCUCCCAUUGGUGCAUCAGUCUUCAAACUAUCAGCCACUGAUGCAGAUUCUGGUAGCUAUGCCAUCAUUGAAUAUCAAAUUGUCGGAGAUAACCAAGCCCAAUCUAAGUUCAUGAUUGAUCACAAAGCUAAAACCAUAAAUUCAACUUCAUCCCUUGACUAUGAAUCUAAAGAAAACUAUUCGCUUCAUAUUCUUGCUAAGAACCCUGGAACCAAUUUGCAAAGUGUUACUGUUGUUAAUGUCCAUCUCGUUAGUGUCAAUGAAUACAACCCAAUAUUCAUACAAAAUGAAUAUAAUUUCAGUAUCAGUGUCAGUUCAAAAGGGACAUCUGUUGGUGCUGUCCUCGCUACGGAUAGAGAUGCAGGACCAGAUGGAAUCGUCUAUUACUUUUUGAUGGAUUCAAGUAAUUUAAAAGGUUUUAAAAUAAACCCUCUCUCCGGAGUUAUCACAGUGUCUGGGAAACCUGACUAUGAGUCCCAAUCUCAUAUUACUUUGGAUGUUAUGGCUAAAAACUGGGGAAGUGUAAAAGGCAACGAUACUGUUCAGUGCAUAGUACAUAUUACUAUAACUGAUGCUAAUGAUGCACCUGUAUUUCUUCAUCCACUUUAUACUAAAGACCUUAAGGAGGACAUUCAGCCUGGCACAUUUGUAAUUAAGGUAAAAGCUUUUGACAAUGACCUACAUCGCAAAGAUCACCAAUUCAAUUACACAAUUCUAUCAGGAAAUCUUCAUAAUGCCUUCUAUAUUGAUUCAACAUCAGGCCAAAUCUCCGUUUCAUCCGAACUUGAUCGGGAAUCAGUGGCUUUGUACCAGCUAAAAGUGGGUGCCAUUGAUAAAGGGAUACCACCUCAGACAGGAACAACAACUAUAAAGAUUCGCAUUCUUGAUGUGAAUGACUGCUCCCCAACUUUCUCUAACGGUUCAUUGGCAGCUUUUGUCAAAGAGAAUGCAGCCAUUGGAACCAGUGUGAUAUCAUUAGCAGAUUUCACUGAAGAUUGUGACCUCCCGCCAAACACUGACCCUUACUAUUUCUUCCAAGAUGAUAAAAAUUCAAAGUCAUAUGUUAAAAUAUCCAAAACAGGUUUGGUUACAACAAACACAGCUUUAGAUCGUGAAAAAAUUUCCAGAUUCUCUGUAAGUGUCACUGUGACAGAUAAUGGUAAACCAACAAUGACGUCAAGUUUGUCUUUUACUGUUCUAGUACAAGAUGUCAAUGACAGUCCUUCGAGGCAAAGGAAACUCAAUAUUCAGUUAAGUUUAUUCCAAAACCAGUCACCAACUCAAUUUGUUGGGGAUGUGAAGCCUUUAGACAAUGAUAUAACUGGAGAUUAUUCGUGUCGUAUUCUUCAAAUGAGUGCUGAGAUCUUCAAAAUUACUGAACACUGUUACUUAGAAGUUCUCCGUGAACCUGUAUCUAGUGACCAUUGGCUUACCAUCAGUGGGCAUGAUGGUAUUCACUCAGAAGUUGUCUACAAUAUUACAGUUAAUUUUGCUUUUCUUACUAAUGAAACACUAAAGGAUUCUUUGACUGUGAAGUUAGUAAACUUGACUGAAAAAAGGUUUCUUACAAAGCUCUAUUCCAAGUUUUUGAAGAAUUUAAAUAAUAAUCUGGAAUCUGAUUGGGAAAGUAAAAUCUUUAGCAUUAAGCAAACUGGUAACGAUCUUGAUGUUUUUAUAAUGACUUUAGACAGAAAUGGAAAACCCAUCUCAAAACAGUUGCUACAAGAAAUGAUUGCAGCAAACAAGAAUGAAUUACAGCAGGGUUUAGCAACCAAUAUAAUUUUGGGUUAUUCACUAUGUGCAGUUAACCCCUGCUACAAUGGUGGUUCAUGUGUUGAUCAAUUAGUGGUCAGUAGUAACUGGAAUAUUAUAGCUACCAACAGACAAAUUAUGAGUGGACCAAACAUAACUGACUUUAUCUGCAAAUGUUCUGUGGGUUAUACAGGAACACUUUGUCAGAUCCAAGAAACCCAAUGUGGAGAUGUCUAUUGCCACAAUGGUGGUGCAUGUGUUAUCUCAUCCUACAGUAAAUCUUACUGCCAGUGUUUGUCCGGCUGGACUGGUCCAACUUGUACUAAAGAUAUCAAUGAAUGCAAACAAAACCCUUGCCAACAUGGUACUUGUGAAAAUACAGAUGGUUCUUUCAAGUGUGUCUGCCAGAAAGGAUUCUUAGGAAUAUACUGUGAGACAGGAAUUAAUUACUGUCAACCGAACCCAUGUCAGAAUGAAGGUGUCUGUAAAAAUAACCGUGACGGAUUUAUCUGCCAAUGUCCUUACAAUAAAUGGGGACAAUCUUGUUCAAAGUCAGCUUACAGGUUUGAAGAAUUAUCAUUUCUGGAAUUUCCAACUAUCGCCGAGAAUUACAACAAUAUUACUGUACACCUUGCUACAAAAAUGUCUAAUGCACUACUACUUUACAACCCAGUCAAUCCCUCCCUCAGUCAAACAGUAGAGAGUUUCAUAGCUUUGGAAAUUAUCAAUGGACAGGUUCGACUGUCUAUCUCUACUGGAAGUGCGUCUGUUCUCAAUCUCUAUAUUCCAUAUACAAUUAACGAUGGCAAUUGGUAUAAAGUAGAAGUGUUGAGAAUUCGCAGAAAUGUCCAUAUAUCAGUUCAUAAAUGUUCUUCAAAUAACCAAUGCAGUGGUUGUGAUGAAAGCAAAACAUGUUCAAACCAAGGAGAACUGAAAUAUGAGAAUUUACAACUUCAUGGUGGUAAUCUAUACAUUGGUGGAAUUCCUGCACAAUAUGUAAUUCGAAGCAAUCAAGUUCAAUCACAUGAUUUUAUUGGAUGUAUGCGCAGUUUUAUUGUGAAUGGGGUGGAUAUGAUUCAGCUUGAACCACGAAGAUCUACUGGAAUAAAGAAGGAAUGUCUACGAGAAAAUAUUGCUGGACCAUGUAAAAGUAAUCCCUGCAGAAAUGGUGGGAUUUGUCUUGAUAAAUGGACUACAUUUAAGUGCCAAUGUUCUCCAGAAUACAUGGGCAAAAUGUGUGAAGAGAAAUGGAAACCAUUUUCAUUUGGACCUGGAGCUCGUGUUGAAUUUAGUAGACGAGAGACUUACUAUCGUGACGAGUUUCUAAAAUCAAACUCAAGAUUCCGUCAAAAACGUAGUGUUCUAAAGGCUAAUACAAUUAGUAUCAAAUUCCGUAUUUUAAAGAAAUCUGGACUCUUAUGGUAUGCAGAUAAUAAGAAAAAGUUCAUCCUUCUGAUGGUAAACAAUAGUCAACCUCUGUUUUUAGCUGGACAGAAUCACAAUGGUUUUGUCUCCAGUGCUCCCUUGGCAUUAAAUGUCUCCAUCCAUUCUUGGUAUACAGUUUCUGUGCACAUGGAAGGGGACAGUGUAACAGUUGAAGGGGAAAAUGAGAAGACCCAGGUAUUCAUCUCCAACCCAUUAGAUAUUUCUUCUGUGGAUGUUGAAGUGAUGUUCUUGGCCAACACAAAACAUUCUUUAUCAAUUCACAAGGAAACUGUACCAGGUUUUGAAGGUUGUUUAGAAGAUUUCUUUCUCAAUGGUCAGAAAAUGCCAUUUGGUGGAUCUACGGAUAGAUUUGAUGUGAGUCCAGUAGGAAACGUCAGUUCCAACUGCCCAAGCUUGUGUGCUACCAAUCCUUGUGAAAGUGGUAUGACAUGUGAAAUAGAAGCGUCGACAUACAAAUGUCUCCCUUACUCAUCAGUAGACCUUGGCUUGCUGCUGAAGAUUUUACUUCCGCUAUUAAUUCUUCUAAUCUUAAUCUUGAUUAUUGUUGGUCUCAUUGUGUUCUAUCGGCGACGGCGGCACAUCGAUCAGCAACAUAAUAAGAACAACAAAUCUGGAAUGUUGAAUAAAUUUUGCCAUCAGAGAAGGAAAAAUAGUAAUUUAAAAACCAGCAGUCAGACCUACAGUGAGGCGGAAUAUGUGGAAGGAAACGGUAUACCGGAUGAAAUAAUUAUCCGUAAUCAUAUUCUUGAAGAAUUAGCUCAAAAAGCCCAUGAUAAUAGCUGUAUGCCAAGGCCUGAUAUUAUUGAAUCUGAAAGCCACCCUGUGGUGCCUCUUGAAAUGGAAGAUGGAACUGUAAUAAUUGAAAAUGGUGAUCUUUCUCAAAGCGUUCACCUCAAUGAUGAUGUACCAGAACAUUACGAUUUAGAGAAUGCCAGCAGUAUAGCGCCUUCGGAUAUUGAUAUUGUCACUCAUUAUAAAGGAUUUAGAGAUGGCAAAGUCAAUAAAUAUAAACCUAAUUCUAAUCUCCUUACUUAUCGACAUCCUUAUAUUGCAAAUCCUCAACAAAAUAUGAUGUGGUCCAGUAAUGUUCCAGCUUCAAACGCUUUAAAUUAUAAUGGACCUUUAUCUGUACCAGCUCGCAGUAGCCCGAUGCAUCUCAACAACUUAGCUCGCAGCAGCCCUGCACCUGUAGGAGUUAGACAAAGCCCAAUGAAUCUUCUGGCACAUCAAAACCCCAGUGUACUGACCUCCAGUUCAAAUAAUCAUUGGAAUUCACACUCAGCAUCCUCAGACAACUGCACAGGAAAACCUGGCAAAUCUAAACCUAAAGUUGCAUUAAAGCCUCAGCCAGCUCCAAGAAGUAGCUCUAAUAAUGGUAGAGGGAAUCGUAUGAAAGGAUUCACUGUAGAAGAAGUAAAUAGACUAAACACUUGUCCUGAUUCUACAAAUCCUGAAAGUAUGCGAGAAUCAGUAAGUUCAAGUGAUGAGAACAUUGCUAAGUGGGGCAAAGCAAGUGAUAACCUAAAUAGUAGUGGUCUGCUGGAUGCUCAAGAUUCUAGCUCAAAUGGAAGUGCUAAUGACUCUUUUACUUGUUCAGAAUUUGAAUAUGACACUGAACGAGUCCGUAAUGACUUUGAGCCUGGCUCAAUGAUAUAUUCAAAACUAACUGAAGUAGAGAAUGAAAAUGAUGAGAGCCCUGUAGACAAUAGAACAUUUGAUUACGACGGCUUAGAUUCUGCCGGUGAAUCAUAUAGCACCCUUGUAUCUUCUGAUGAAGACAAAUCAAAGAAUCGAGGUACUGUAGGUUCAUUUGACUUAGAUUAUUUGCUUACGUGGGGGCCAAAUUUUGAAAAAUUAGUUGGUGUUUUUAAAGAUAUUGCAUCAUUGCCGGACAAUGAGCAAAGCCAAAAUUUGCAGCCUGAAGUUGUUACAAAUGUUGGGGCAAAAUCAGAUGAGGAAUAUGUAUGAUAAAAUUUAGCGAGUUCCAGUUUGUAACUCGACUGUAUUUUAUUUGGUAUGUUAUGCUUUUUUUUUUUUUAAAUGUCCGAACUGAUCUAGAAGGAGUAUAGUUGCAGUUAGUACUGCUUUGAUGUUCAUAUUUCUUCCAGGAAGAAAGGAAAAGCUAGUCACUGCUAAUACAUACUGGCUGUGGAAGAUGGCAAGAAAACUAACAUCAUCUCAAGAUGCUUAAAGUACUGGAGUUUAUUGUCAAUAUAUAUAAAUAUUAUAUUUCUCAAUUUUAUCUUAUUCAUUUUCACUGAACCACUGUUAUUAUUAAGUCCUCUUUAUGCAGUGACUUGAUUUGAUGUGCUUUCAACAGUUAAAUAAUCAUUUUUUUUUUCAUAUCCCACCCCCCAUACAGUUUAUCUGCUAUCUCAAAUUCUAUUUUCCAGUCUUGACAGACAUGUUGUUUAUGAAAGAAAGAAAGAAAGAAAGAAUUAAAAAAAAAACGAUUCAUUGCAAGCAAUUUUUAUUUAUAUCUUCAGCUCUCCAAACCCCCCAACAAAACGUAAACAGAUAAACACAAUUGCUAUAUUUGAUAAUUUGUGACAUCUUUUUAAAUAUAUAAUAUAUAAUAUAAUAUAAUAUAUUCAACUCUGUCUCAGCAACAAUGUUUGAUCAGCAUUUUUUUAUACUGUGAGCUUA